AUGAGUGAGUUCUACUACUUGUAUGCGUUGUCCGUAACUACGACCGGACAAUACAAAAGCAUCAUCCAGCAGAGACAAGGAUCUGGACCUACAAGCGGGAACAGCAAAACAACUGGAGGACAAGAUGCAUCCAAGAAGGAUGUCCCAUCGGAGGAUAUUGACAUUGACAUGGGUGCCCCCGAGACUGAGAAAGCGGCUGUUGCCAUCCAGUCGCAGUUCAGAAAGUUCCAGAAGAAGAAACAUGAGAAAUCCUAGGGCCAGCAGGGUGCUUCUGUCUCCCAUCAUCAGAGGGCGCUGUGGGGGCUCUCUGUUGCAUGUCACAGUAAUAACGCCAAACAGACUCGGGGAGGGGGGGGUGGGGGGUAUGUCAGAAAAAAAUGGUGCCCUAUUUAUCACUGACAACUUUGUGAUAGAUU